UGGAGGUCUUAUGAUCUACAGUCAAACAAGGAUCUGACACCUGGCCGGAGAGAUCUGAGUUUGAACUCUAAAUAAAGCGAUCCCUGCCACUUGGCUUUGUCUCUGGACUCUGGUGGUUGCUUCUGGGUCAUCGCGGGUCUGGGCAUUACAUUUGGGGGCUCGUCUAGGAUUGCCCCUAAGCCCACCAGACCCCAGGCCAACGGGUCAUCACAAAAGUGAGUAAGCCGGCUCUGUCUAUAUGUUGUCUGUCUGCCUCUGAAUAAUCCCGCGGGGUCUGUAUAUGAGACUGAUCUAGUCCUGGCGGACGCGCUAUAGGACAGUCAGUGGAGGCCGGUAGGAGACGUCCUCCGGUGCUCAUCUGGGGCUCUGUAUUCUGUGGCCCAUCUGCUUCUGGUCGGGUCCUAAGCCCAAGACGCACUAGUGAUCAAUAUAUCUUGGUUGUUGGUUAUCUGUUGCACAUCUCCUACUAAUUUACCUUGAUUUACAGAAGCCAUGGAGCCAGUCCUGUACCAGGCACUAAUAUCCCUUACCACCCAUCUUCUAUCAACAGGACUUCCUCGGAAUGGGCAACUCCCAGACCACACCACUUUCUCUCCUUGUCACUAAUUUUAAAGAUGUGAAAGCAAGGGGGCAUGAUCUCAGUAUAGAACUUAAAAAGGGAAAAUUAAUAACCCUCUGUCGCUCUGAGUGGCCCACCUUCGGCGUAGGCUGGCCAGCCGAGGGAACCUUUUGCCUCCCCAUUAUCCUCCAGGUAAAAUCAAGGGUUUUCCUGCCAGGUCGUUCAGGACACCCAGAUCAGAUCCCCUAUAUUUUGGUCUGGCAGAAUCUGGUGGAAAAUCCGCCCCGUGGCUAGCUCCCUUUCUGCUGACUUCUGAACCCUGUAAAACCCUAGUCACGGAACGCGCAGGAGCCUUCCUGAGCUGUCCAUCUCCUCUCUGUCGCGCGCCCUGCAUCCUGGCCUCCGGCGCCUGCCGGAGGUCCCGAGGAGCCAGAGGGCCGACUGGUCUGCGGCCCCAGCCCAGGAGGGCGCGGUGUAGCGGUCGCAGAGCCAUCCCGGCAUCUGCUGCCAUGACCGACUCUCCCCUCAGAGGGGACGCUUCCUCAGUGGUGGCUGCAGAGAAAGAUGAGCGGCGGCUCCUGGCCGUGGGACCGUGAGAUGGGUUCGUGGCCGGCCAGUUAGGGGGACGCUGCAGACCACCGCCUGUGCCCAGCCGGGCUGGUUCCUAGGGCCCCGGGGGCUCGUGGCGGGCCCCGCAGGAGGCGGCAUGUUCCCGCGGAGGCUGCUGGCCACCUGGCUGGCGGGGGCACAGGGCAGGGGCCUGCUGGCACUUCUGGCCAAUCAGUGCCACUUCAUCACGGGCCUGCGCAUGCGGCGCGCACAGCAGAUAGCGCAGCUCUACCGCCGCACUACCAGAAAGCCAUGAGGGCCAAGAAGCGGCAGCGGCGCCAGGGGAAACCGGAAGUGAACAUGGGUUGGGAGGGCUGGCGGGCCAAAUGCGUGGGCGUGUCCAGCGCGAGGCAUCUCCGCGACUUCCCGAUUCCACUGUAGCGCUCCCCUUAAGGGAAAUAGGACCCCCCGAUGACACAGGCAACCCUAGACUCCAGUAUUGGCCAUUCUCUACCAGUGACCUGUACAACUGGAAAACUCAGAAUGCCCGGUUCUCUGAUAACCCCAAGGAUUUAACAGCCCUUCUAGACAGUGUCGUGUUCACUCAUCAGCCCACCUGGGAUGACUGCCAACAGCUCCUCCGCAUUCUGUUCACAACAGAGGAACGGGAGAGAAUCCAGGUAGAGGCUAGAAAGUUGGUUCCGGGAGAUGACGGUCAACCGACUGCAAAUCCCGACCUCAUUAAUGCAGCAUUUCCCUUGACCAGGCCAACGUGGGACUACAAUACAGCAGAAGCCCUACAGAGAGUUCAUGAGGAAGUCUGGCCCAAGCUAAAAGAACUAUAUGAAGCUGGGCCUCCACCCAUUCCACAUCAGUACAAACCGGGAGACUGGGUCCUCGUCAAACGCCACCGACAAGAAACCCUAGAACCCCGGUGGAAAGGACCAUUCCAGGUGAUCCUGACUACGCCUACAGCCCUCAAAGUGGAAGGCAUCGCCGCCUGGAUUCAUCACACCCACGCCAAGCCUAUAGACCCGCUCUCAGACCUUGUUACAUCCUUGACGGGAGAGACAACAACCUGGACAGUUGACCGGACCAAAGAAAGCCCUCUAAAACUUGUUCUACGCCGUCAACAACCUAAACUGUAACUAUGACACCUACCUCCUUUAUAACUCUUCUACUCUUAUGGAUCCCCUGUGGGGAGACCCAGGCAAACCCGGCAACAUCCCCUUUCACUUGGCGUUUCUUCCUGACUGAGAACUGGACCAAUUAUGCUCAGACAGAACAAAAGGGCUAUGUAUUAGGCACUGCUGAUUGUCCCCCUGGGGGUUGUAGCACUCCCAUCUAUCUAAAUUUCACUGAUUUUAAACACCAGCCAGGAAAGGCAGCACCCGCAAUUUGUUUUCUCUUUGACCAAUCACUCUCUUAUUGUAAUAACUCAUGGGUAGAACAAAGUGUCGGCUGCCCAUAUAGGUCCUGCAAAAUCCACACUGUUAAAAUCCUAAAAACUUCUGAGUCCCUGUCCAGUCAAACGUGGCAGUCACACAAUUUUUUUAAAACCACAUCAGGCUACACCUGGGUUAUCUGGGACCCCUAGGGACCCCCGCUGGACUUCUCAGCAAAAAGGGGCCAUGUACUUGACUUCAGGGACAACCUGGCCUAGUAGCCGUCUCUUUCUCUGGCGUUCCCUUGUUCAGAUCCAGACCACCCUACACGCAGCUAUACAGAACCAAGAGAGGGAAUUAAAUGUCCAGCUUUCAACUUUAACUCCUACCCGCCCCUUUUCCUGGUUAUCCCUAUUAAGAGAAGGGUUAGAAAUCGCAAACGCCACUGGCCUAGGCAAUCUCUCUGCAUGCUUUUUCUGCGCGGCUCUAGGGCGACUGCCGUUAACGGCAGUUCCACUUCCAGGCCCGUCUAACGCUUCUCUCAGCCUAAGCCCUAACAACAGCCACAUACCACCCCCGAUCCCUGACGUCCCCUUGUUCCUAAACCCUGGACAGACACAAGUUUCCUUUUGUUAUUCCAAUACCGGCACUACCCUCUGUAAUACAAUUUCCACUCCCAACUCAACCCUCUUUGCCCCCCCCCCACCCCCCGGUUCUUUCUUCUGGUGCAAUGGGACCCUAUAUAAGAACCUUUCCACUCAGGCCACUAUAACCCUACUGUGUCUCCCUGUCACACUAGUCCCCCAACUGACCUUGCGCACCCCCGCAGAAUUUUCCAGGUGGGACUCCGCCCCUUUCCCUAGACAAAAACGAGCUAUAUUCCUCCCCUUAGUAGCCGGAGUCUCACUCACCACGUCCUUAGUUGCUGCAGGACUAGCCGGAGGAGCUUUAGGUCACUCCCUUAUCAGCACUGCAAAGCUCUCUCACCAAUUCUCCAUAGCUAUGGAAGCUUCCGCUGAAUCCCUUGCCUCAUUACAGAGACAAUUAACUUCCCUUGCCCAAGUUACUUUACAAAACUGCCAUGCACUAGACCUGUUAACGGCAGAAAAAGGAGGGACCUGUCUUUUCCUCAGAGAAGAUUGUUGUUUCUACAUAAAUGAAUCUGGACUCGGAGAAACGCGAGUCCAACAGCUACAUAAACUUAGCCUAGAAUUGCAGAAACAACAAUUCACCUCGGCUGCCAACAGCUGGUGGAAUUCCUCCAUGUACUCCCUUCUAGUGCCCCUCAUAGGACCAUUCAUAAGUAUACUUCUCUUACUCACUAUAGGACCAUGUAUAAUAAACAGAUUAACAAACUUUGUAAAAGAAAGACUCAACACUGUCCAGCUUAUGGUCCUGAGAGCCCAGUACCAACCUGUACUGACCAAAACUUCCGAGUCAGACAUAUAAGACCCAAGAUUGGCUCUCCAGGUGCUAGAGAGAGGGGGAAAUAAGAAGUGGAAAAAUACUGAAUAUCAGAGGUCAGAAAAAGUCAGGAAACUCCCCCUAAUGCAAAAACAACACAGUUAUCUGGAAAGUCCCUAGCAGAGCA